UUUCUUUCUCUCUCUUCCAGCCAAGCAAGAUACUCAAGGAAAGAAAGUCCACGGGGAAGAAGGUGGCCCCAAUCCCCGCCAUCGUGAAGAAACAGGAGUCCAGAAAGAUACAAAGGAGACUUCUUGAGAUAAGGAAGAUCAAAAGAAGUGAAGAAACAACUAGUACCAAGAGCUUUUAAACGUCAAAAGAAGAAGAAAAAAUUAUAGAUUAUACAACUUGUCACAAAACAUUCCUGAAACAUGAUGCAAGAAGAAGAGUAAUUCACUGUAAAGAGGUCAUCAGCUUCCACCCUCAGUGUGGCCCGCAUGUCCCUGUCUCACUCACCUUUUGCACCAAACAUUGAAGAGACCAAUAAGUGUUUGGAAGAAAUAUUGGAAGAAAUAAGUGUUUGCGUACUAAUUAAUUAAUUCUCUGCCAUGCGGGUGUUGUAUCUGAAGCACUCCUUUCCUGGGAGCUUUCUUGAGUCUAAUGGAGCACCCCAGACGGUAUUAGUCUUCCUUUUGCUUCCCUGUUGCUUGACAGAGGAUUUUAGAGCACCCCCACUUAUCCCUAAUGUGCCUUUCCUCUGGGUCUGGAAUGCCCCAACUGAGGCUUGUCUCACAAAGUUUAAUGAGCCACUAGAUCUUAGUUUGUUCUCUUUAGUAGGAAGCCCCAGAAAAACUGCCACGGGUCAGCCUGUCACAAUAUUUUACACUGAUCGACUUGGCCUCUAUCCUCAUAUAGACGACUCACAAAAAAGUCUUUAUGGGGGGGUACCCCAGUUGGGAUCUCUAAAUGAUCACUUGGAAAAAUCUAAGAAAGACAUCCAGCGUUACAUGCCGAUAGACAAUGUGGGCUUGGCUAUCAUAGAUUGGGAAGACUGGAGGCCCACGUGGUCAAGAAACUGGAAGCCCAAGGAUAUUUACAAGAAUAAGUCUAUUGAAUUGAUCCAGCAAGAAUAUAAACAACUCAAUUUAACAGAAGCCACCAAGAGGGCCAGAAAAGAAUUUGAACAGGCAGCAAGAAGCUUUAUGGAACAGACUUUAAAAUUGGGGAAAUCACUUCGGCCAAAUCACUUAUGGGGUUUUUAUCUUUUUCCUGAUUGCUAUAAUAAUAAAUUUCAAGACCCCAAUUACAAUGGAAAUUGCCCUGAUAUAGAAAAGAAACGAAAUGAUGAACUCUCCUGGAUCUGGGAGCAAAGCACAGCCCUUUACCCAUCUAUAUAUUUGAGGAGUAUUUUGAAGUCAUCUCCAAAUGCUGCACUCUAUGUCAGGAAUCGCGUGCAAGAGGCCCUUAGGGUGUCUAGAACAAAGGACCCUCAGAAUCCAGUUCCCGUUUUUGUAUAUGCUCGCAUUGUGUUUGCUGAUCAAAUUUACCAGUACCUGCACCAGAAUGACCUUGUGAAUACAAUUGGUGAAACAGUUGCCUUGGGGGCCUCAGGAAUGGUAAUGUGGGGAACUCUUAGUCUAGCACGAAGCAUGAAAUCUUGUCUGAACUUACAUGAUUACCUGGAGACCACACUGAAUCCCUACUUAAUCAACGUCACCCUGGCAGCCAAAAUGUGCAGCCAAACACUUUGCCAGGAUCAAGGCAUAUGUUCGAGGAAAGACUGGAAUUCAGAUGACUAUCUUCACUUGAGCCCCCAAAAUUUUCAGAUUCAAGUUGUGAAAAGUGGAAAGUAUGUAAUCCGUGGCAGUCCCACCCUUGAUGACCUACAGUACUUUUCCAAAAACUUCCAUUGCAGUUGUUACGCCAACUUGAACUGUAAGGAGCGAGAUGAUCUGGAAACAGUGAGCUCUGUCAGCGUAUGUGUCAUUGAAGACAUUUGCAUUAAUUCCUUUGUCAUCGGAGAGCCCAGUGCUCUGCCUGACAACUGGAAACACACCUAUGUUGAUAGUAGCAAUCAGACAGAUAUCAUAUCGUCUGCCGCAGCAGGUCCUCAUGUGCCGGGGAAAGACUUCAGUGGGUAUCUUUUUGUUCUCUCUAUCUCCUCACAGCAUCUGAAAUAUUUGCUAUAGGUUUUCCACCACUCGAAAGUUGGACAUUGUCUUUCAGAAACAGUUCUAUAGGAAUAAUCAAGAUUCUGCUUAGAAUUACAGAGACAAAAUAUAUUCUUUUAUCAUUAACUGAUUUCAAAGGCUGUCAUAGCUACAGGGUUUACAGUCUGAGAAGAGUGAAGAUUAAAUAAAAUCCAGUUUCUAUAAAUGAAUGUCUUUUAUUAAUUUGUUUUUUAGUAAUUUGCUAUUGGUUAAAAUUUAGUAAUAUUUUAAUAAUUUAUCAUUGAUUAAAAUCUUCUAGAAAACAAACAUUUAUAUCUUUUAAAAAAGAAGUUCUCUAACUUGCCAUAAUUAUAGUUUUUAGCUAUUCUUUCUUGGAAAAUAUUUAUAUUUAGACUUUAUGAAAAAGUAAGCCUUAAAAAAUAAUAAU